AUGGCCAAACCUUCGUACGCCCCUUCUACUUUCUCCGAGACUUCGACCGUCUGCUCCUUCGAGAAGGACCCUGAGGUCGUCCACGAAGUAGUCGCCGCAGCACCGAAAGAACGCCGCUCCAUGAGGCAACGAGUCAAGAGGGCGCUCCGCGACGUCGGUCACCCACCCACCUACCGCUACGACCUCGAGCACGGCAUCGAGACUAAGAGGACGACGGUACCCGCCGGCCCCAUGGGCUGCAACGUCCUCAACACGCCGUCGCGCAUGGCCUUGAGGACCAGGUCGGGGCAGGCUCCGGAGGGUUCAUGUUUACCGGCCGCGCUGCGGGUCCCGGAUCCGGUGGGACUGUCGGGCCCGCGAGUUGCUGCCGGAAGGUCCAUCGCCGCCCUUGUGGCAGAUGUCCACAGGCUGUGCGUGGACUGCAGGCACUCGCCCAAUGCUACGACCCGUAUCCCGUGA